AUGCAAACACAUCUACCAGAAGACGUCGCCGUAACCGUACCCCAUCACCAACUUACAAAAGUUCCUAGUAGAAGGGAUGAGAAUAAUAAUCGAGAUAAUGUAAAUGAUGUGUGUAGAGAUUUAGGUAAUAACACAAAUGAUGCGGGUAGAAAUUUAAGUAAUGUGACAUACUCAUCUUCAUCUGAGUUAAUAAAUAUUACCUCGGCCCUUAAUUUAUCUGCAUCACAAAAUGAUAGCAAUUUAAGUAUACCUGAUAUAGAAGGGCCACUGGAAUCUAUAAAUAAGAAAAGUUAA